UAGACAGACAGACAGAUAAUAUAGACUGCUGCGGACUGCUGCUUUCUGCAGGAAACGAACAAAAAGGCUGAAAAAUAAUAUAGUUUUACAGAAGAAAGCGUGCCAUAAUGAUAUAUUAAUAACGUACAACUUUCUUUUCUACAGCGGAAGACUUUCAAAUUGAAAUGGCUUGUGUUGAGAAUAUUCCACCGCACCACGCGGAUUCUGAGAUGGAAGAAGGGGAAAUCGUGGAUGAUUUAUCAGAUAUAUCUUCUGAAGAAGAGUACCUGUUGCGUCAGAGACUGCAAGUGCUAGAAACUUACAACAAUGUCCUUGAGCGUAAGAAAGCAAAACGUUUGUCUACAGGACCAGGAAAAAAACAUGGUACAAAACAUAAAAGGGAAGAUACAUUACAGUAUGAUUUAUCGGAAAUAUCGGCGACUGAACUAGAUGAUUAUUACUUUAAUGCACAAAAGAAACCAAUUAAAGUACAAAAACGCCAGAAAACGCAUCAUAGACAGAAAAAAAGAAAAUUAGAACCAAUUCUGCUUCCUGAAAAACCCAAGGAAGUGGUGAGAGAGUAUAAGAAAAAGACCCAUCAUGUCAAGAAGAAGAUACCACCUAAAGUUGUAAGUGAAUCUAGUGAAGAGUCUGAUGAUGAGUACAAAGCUAGUCGAAGAAAACUAGCUGAUGCUGUUGUAGUCAAUAAAGAUGCAAAAACUUCUUUAAGUGAAAGGCUUCAGCAAAUGCUUUGUGGAGUCAACCCAGAACCAAGAGCCAUAGUCACUGAUACGAAAAAUAGUGACAUUAGCAGUGUAUUAGAAAAUGCUGAAUUAUCACCACUGUCCUCAAUGAAUACUGAUGAUCAUACAACAUUACAUUCUGAAGAUACAAAGGACACAGAAAACAAAACAGACAAAUCUGUAAUAGACUUAUGUUCUGAUGAAGAUAGUAAGUCAAUGUCAAUUGAUUGUUCAAGAACUGUAGAUUCAGUUAUUACAGGGGUUGAAAAUCAAGCAAAGUUGCGGAAAGAUUCUAAUUCAGGCAAAGAAUCUGAAGAAGAUCUAGAAUUGCUUAGACAACAUGCUCUCAAAACUAAAAUUACUAAAACAAGUGCAGUUCUAAAUGAAGUUCAAAUUGAAAACAAACUAUUGUCUGAUGAUGAAGACAGUGAUACAGCAGAGUUAAGAUUGAUUUGUCUUAAGUCUGCUUUGCUUAAGAAGGCAAUUGAAAGAAAGCAGAAACAAAAGUUAAAGAAAAGACUUUCGCAGUCUUCUCAGCUUGGAGACAAUCUUAUAAGCGAUAAUAACACUGAUAUAGAAUCAGUUGAUAUGGAUAUUGGAUCAGAUUCUGAAGAAAAGACUAAAGAAAACCCAGACGGUUGUGCCAAAGUCAAUAUUGUAGAUGAACAAAGUAAACUAAAUCUAAAUCCUGCAUUAUUUGAAAACAUUCCUUUACCUAGUCCACUUCCAGUAGUAGAUGAACUAGACGAUGAUGAAGAUUUAUUACGAGCUAAGCUACUUACUUCUUUAAGUAAAAAUUUACCUAAUUUGGUAAGUCCCAAUGUAAUUGAGCCUAUAGAAAGCAUCAAAGAUACAAGACCAAUUUCUAUAAAACUGCCUCAAGUAAAACCUGUCGUAUCUGCUGUUGUACCAAAAGAAAAAAGGUUCAUUAUAACUGUUGGCGCAUCGGAUUCCGAAGGAGAAGAUGAAGCUACUAAGAAUUUAACAAAAAUGCAUAUGAAAUUGGCAGAGCAAGCUGAUUUCCAGCAGAGAUUAGAUAUGUUCUUGAAGAGUACGAGAAUGGAAGUGGAGAAAACAAAACAAGUUCCUGAUGUUACACAGCAACCUGUAUCACCGAAGAAAAAUGAAAAGUUCGUUGCUAAGGCUGUAACCCACUUGCCAAAAUCAGAGCAAAUCGAGUAUAGGAAUCUCGUGAAAAGAAUGGCAGAAUUAGAAAAGAUAAAACAAGCUAGGCAAGCUCCUGUUAGUUUAAGUAACAAAGUUCCUAUACAAGUAAAAGAUACACUAAAACCGAGAAAUGUAGCAACUGAUUCCUCUAAACUAUCUGCCAUAAAUGAUUUGGAAGAAAAAAUAAAAGCAUCAAGAAAAAACAUUGCCGAAGAGUCAGCCAAGAUUUUAAAGUUGAAGGAAGAGGGAAUAAAAUUAUCCCAAAAAUACAAAAUUGUCGCUACAGAACUUCGCAACAUCAAAACCGCUAUCGCACUGAACAGGAAGCAGACGAGAUCUGUUCAAACUUGUUUAACAAAAAUUAGGUUACACCACCAAAUGUUAUUGAAAAGCUCAACGACUUCUGCACAUUCCAAAAUCAAUGGCGGUCUGCCAUAUCAUAACGUAGCUACGAAAUUACAAAAAGAAAAUAAUCCAGCAAGCGAAGAGAACAAAACGCACAUAGUAAACAAUAAACUCGUUAGAGUAGUAGACAAUAACUUGUCAAAAGAAGAACCGAAGCAUGUAGUAGUCCAAAAACCUGUAAAAGAUAACAGUUUGCGGAAAGAGGAACCAAAGAUUAAUAAAGUUAUUGCAAUUGAGAAAGUUGCAGAUAAAAAAGAGCAAAAUCGAGAAUGUGUAGUUAAUAAAGUAGUAAAAGAAGCUCAAACGCCUGAAGAACCCAAAAAACUUGUAGCAAACAAUACUGCAAGAGUUGUAAAACCUCCGCCUUUAGUGAUUGUUCAUCCAAAAUUGUCCGUACGACUGGAUGUCACUAGUAAUAAAAAAGUUGUUAAAGUGGGAGACGAUACAAAUGAUAAUAAUGCGGAACAUAAAGAUAGGAAUGAAAAUUUACUGGAAAAUAGGCUGGUCGUCCAUCCAGUUGUGGAAGGUGGAGGGAAUUGCGAGAAGUCGGCGCUGGAUCGCAGAAGACACGAGAGCUAUGACUACAGAUCACCUUUAGACGCUUUUGGAAUUACAACUUGGCAGGGCGACCCGAACAAGAUUCUUUGUCCUUUCGAGGUGGGCGGCGACUGCAAGGAUCCUGACUGCAUAUACCAACACACCCCCUCCCGGUCCACCUGACAUUACACCCACACACGCACACGCUCCCAUCCUACACGUACUUACCCUUCUGGAUAUCCAAUCCUAUCUUACUUGUCCGAACGAAGGCAAAGGAAUCUUCAGCGAUGUGUAAAGUAUACAUCUCUUAUAGCUAACCUAAUCAUAACUAGCUUUGUUUUGUUGAGUUACCAAUCGAUUUUAAAAUCUCAAAUUAUGUCCAAAGCCAUGCAUGCCGUAAGUCUAGUCAUACUCAUAUCGAAUAUGUAUUUUCUAUUAUGUUGGUUAUCAUAUCAGCAAGUAUUUGCGUUUCUAUCAAUAUGUUGAAUCAGUGUUAUCAUUGUUUCUGAGUUGCGUUUAUACGUAAUGCUUCAGUGUCAAGUGCGCCGUACCAUGUAGUUACAUCUACCUCAUGCUUAUUUACACUCACAAAAUCUUUAAACCCAUCCUUAGAUCUUAUGUUAUUCUCCUUUUUGACUUCAAGAAGUUGAAUUCGUGUUUAGACAUAAUUUUUUUGAUCUACAUUUUUGUUUUUAUCUUUUUUCAACUCACUACGUUUUAGUAGGAACCUUUUUCUAUUUAAUGUCAAUUGUGAAGUUAUUAAUUUGGUCCUAUCUUCGCAUGUCUGCCCCGCUGUACUGAGGUGAUGGCGUUGUUAGAAUAUGUUUUGUUCCAUCGACUCGCAUUUAAUAUUGUGUACUGCAAUUUUAGUUGGCGACUGAGACUGAACGUGAUCCUGCUUCUCGCCGACAAAGGUGGUAAGUUUCGAGUAACUUUAUAAUAGUGCAUUUGUAGUGCUCUGGACUCAUUUUACGACACACUACGGGACUCCGAAGCUCUGGUAAAGUGUUUUGUGUUAUGUAAAAUAUAUCGACUUUAUUAUAAUAUUAUUUUUUACUACAUAUUAUUGAUUUUAAAAACAUUG